CUGAAACGCGCCAGCUCGACCAGAGGUACUGGGUUAAGGACAACCGCCUGCGGUGGCCUCUCUCUGUCUUUUCGCCGGAGUAGAUGUCGAGACCAGGAGCGGGACCUGAAACGCGAAGCAACCGAGCUGCCGUUCAAGCCACCAAUGACGACGCCUCGGCCAGCAAAUUGUCUUGUGUGAACAAAGGUUACAUGAAAGAUGAUUACGUUCAUUUUUUCGUACGGAGGCCAAUCAGGCGAUCUCCCAUAAUUAAUCGAGGUUAUUUCGCGCGCUGGGCGGUUUUUCGGAAGCUCCUCUAUCAGUUUCUUGAUUGUGUUGAUACUAAGAAACAAAUACUGUCACUUGGAGCUGGUUUUGAUACUACGUAUUUUCAAUUAAAGGAUGAAGGGAGAGCGCCUGAUUUGUACGUGGAACUAGAUUUUAAAGAGGUGACUAGAAAGAAGGCAGCUCUUAUUGAAACUUGCAGUCCAUUGAGAGACAAAGUUGGUGAAACCGCAUCCAUUUCUCAAGAAAAUGGGGAAGUGCUUGACGAUCAUUACAAACUGCUUCCAGUUGACCUGCGUGAUAUACAGAAAUUAGAUGAUAUCAUAUCUUUAGCAAAUAUUGAUCCCAGUUUGCCAACAUUUAUAAUUGCAGAAUGCGUUUUAAUAUACUUGGAUCCAGAUUCAAGCCGUGAAAUAGUUGGAUGGGCUUCAAAAACAUUCUCUUCAGCUAUAUUUUUCUUAUAUGAGCAGAUUCAUCCAAAUGACCCAUUUGGGCAGCAAAUGAUCAGAAAUUUGGAGAGUCGUGGAUGUGGACUGCUAGGCAUUUAUGCUACCCCAACUUUACAUGCAAAGGAAAAACUUUUUCUGGAUCAAGGAUGGCAGAGAGCUGUUGCCUGGGACAUGCUGAAAGUUUAUGGUGAUUUCAUUGAACCUCAGGAAAGACGCAGGAUUGAGCGGUUGGAACUCUUUGAUGAGUUUGAAGAGUGGCAUAUGAUGCAGGAGCACUACUGUGUGGCUUAUGGGAUCAACGAUGCCAUGGGAUUGUUCAAGGAAUUUGGUUUCCCCGACAGCCAGCAUGAUGCCUCAGGCACCUCUUCACAACCGUUGCCCGUCAAAGACUGAGAUUACAUUUCAACUUCCCAAUGGCCUGACAACUAGUAGUUGUAGUUUGGUAUCUGGGCGAUGCACGUGUUAGGCACGCACCAAUCAACUGCUAUUAAACAGGGGGGGCAGGCAGCCCCGACUAGUUUACUCGUAUCUAUAAUAUUUCCUUUCCAAAAGGGAAUGAUGAGUUUUGUGGAUGAAUGUACGAGACUAUUAUAAUAUGCCCGUGAUGUUGGACUGGAUCCGCAACAACGCUACGCUAGCUGUUUUGCAAAAAAGGAAACGUGGUGGACCCCGAACAGCACAGCACACAAAUGGGACAAUACCAAAGGGCCUGCGGGUCUUAGUCUGUGUGGGGAGUGAAAACUAGCAUGGUCGGCCUCCCUUUAAAUCUUACUGUUCUCUUUUCCUUUUCUUUAGUAUCUGACCUUUUUGUGCGAUCGAUUGGUCCAUGAUGCCAUCGGAUUUGAAAUAUCAGCAUGCCAUCAUGGCUUCCAUUGCAUUACUACUACUUGGUGGUGUAAGUAUAUGAUUAUAUGUGGAGUAGAAAGAUGAUCGAAAUUUUUUUUAAUA